AUGAAGAACUUCAGUCAACGCCAUUCCCAUCUCUUACAUUCCACCUUAUCUCACUCAGAGUUUCAACACCCUAGUCCACUCCCCAGCUUCAAACCACUCUUCAAGUUGGAGGAAAAUCAGGGUACCAGCAGCUUCGAUCAAACUGACGUGGACAACGAUUAUUUACAUAACCCGGCAACACAACUCCAAUUGGCAGACCUUGAGCUUGGCCUAUCCUGGCCGGCAGGGACCGGUGGUUAUCCUCAAAUGCUUCAAUACAGCCAUCUCCGAUUACCAAUCCCAAAUGUCAGGACUGGAGUCGCUUUCGUGCAACAACUUGGAAACCCCAUCUCACCACUCCAGCCAGCCUACCACUUCUUUGACGAUGCUAUCCUCCGGACUCCGUGGUCUUCUCCUGAAUUUUCGUCAUGCAGACCGGUGCCAACGGGUGAUGAUGAAGAGGACAUGAUCGACGACAAACCAUAUGCCAGGCUGAUAUAUGACGCUUUGAUGCAGGCUCCUGACCAUCGAAUGAUGUUGAGGGAUAUAUAUGAAUGGUUUCGCAAGAACACCACAAAGGCUCAAGACAACGCCACCAAUGGAUGGCAGAAUAGCAUUAGGCACAACUUGUCCAUGAACAAGGCUUUUGAGAAUGACAGAGAGCAGGGGCGUGGUAGUGCAAGAAAAGCCAACAGUGUCUGGGCUCUGACUGGAGAUGCAAUUCUACAUGGAGUACAGUCGACUACCAGGUACCGGAAGUCAGGUGGUGGCAGGCGGACACUGAUCAGCCGCACACCUGCACUACAAAGACAAAAAUCUGGAGCAAGAGGUGGCCGAGCUGCUCGUCGAUCUGCGCGAUACAGGCACCAAGAUCAAGUUUAUUUGGACCAUCCGACGCCUUCUUCGUGCAGCCCUGAUACUCCGUCAUAUUCUGAUGUCAGUGACUCCGGCUUCGAUAAUCCUGACUUCCAUCCUGGUUUCAGAAGUUGCCCUCUGACUCCGUUGGAAGGACAAUCUCAGCUUACGGGCGAUACCAUACAGCAGGUCUUCAUGUCACCAUGGGAUCCUUCAGCCUUUGAUUCGCAUCGCUCUGGAUAUGAUCUUGAGAGCACUUCACAAGUGCGGGACCUACUUCUGCAGCCAAGUGACAACCAGUACAUGGGCUGCAUAGGAGACCUGCAUACCAGUGCGAUUUGA